GGCGGGGAGUUUGAAUUAAUGAGUCGGGAUAACUGUAUUAUUUGUUUCUAUUUAGUCUUUUUUUUGCGUAUUGGUUUUGGGAGUGUGCUGUUGUACUCUACGUAUAUUGCGAACCUCCUAUAAGUACUAGUUGCAUAGCGAGGCCCCAUUUAAAAGAUGAGCUGGGCUACGGAAGAAUGGAAGGAGGGGCUUCCCACAAAGGCUCUUCAGAAAAUCCAAGAGAUGGAAACACAAGUAAACAAACUUGUGAAAGAGAGGCAGCAGAGGCAGUUUCAGAUGGAUUCACUGGAAGCUGCUUUGCAAAAACAGAAACAAAAGGUUGAAAGUGAAAAGAAUGAAAUGACAGCACUGAAGAGGGAAAAUCAAAGUCUCACGGAAUCCUGCGACAACCUGGAGAAACUCAGGCAGAAGAUUUCUCACGAUCUUCAAGUAAAAGAAGCUCAAAUUAAUUUUCUAGAUGGCCAACUAUCUUUAAACAGGAAACAGAUUGAGAAACUGGAGCUGGAAAUAAAAAAGACCAAGUCUGAAGCUGAAAGAAGCCAGCAAGCACUUCUGUCUGGAGAGAUGUCAAUAUGCAGUACACCACAGAAAGUAGUGGCAACUUCCAUUGCAUCUGACCUUAAUAAUUCCAGACUGGAAGAACUGCAAGAAAAGUACAACAAAGAAGUUGAAGAGAGAAAAAGAUUGGAAUCUAGGAUUUUAGCUAUGGAAGCCAAAGAAGUGAAUCUGGCACAACCUCAAAAUAAGGGAAGUCACCGUGCUAUAGCAAGACAGCAGUUUUCAUCUUCAGUGUUUCCUUGGCAUCAAGAACGCACACCAACUUGUCAGGCUGCUAAUAUGGUGAAAACACCUGUGAAAAGAGGGAUUGCAGCAUCUAGUUUUCCCUGGGAACAAGAGGAAUCCCCGCGUAAACGUGGAGCAGCAUCAAGACUGAGGUCGUUAUCUGGUGACAUGUCUGCACACACAAGCCCCCAGAUGAUGGAUCAUUUGAGGAAACAAAAUAAAGAACUUGCAUUCAGAGUAGGUGAAUUAGAAGAAAGCAUGCAAGAAAGGGAAAAAGAAACGAAAAAUCAUUUGAACCGUUUACAAGAAGUGCAACUGCAGUUUGAGAAGGCAAAAGCAGAAUUAUCUGAGAAGGAUGGCAGUUUAAGUAAAUGUAGAGAAGAACUGAACAAAGUGACAGCACAACUGGAACUGACUAACACCAAAUGUGCUACACUAGAACAGAAGCUGAAGCAGGUGUCUGAAGAGCUGAGAUGUCAGAGACAGAAUGCAGAUAUUGCUCGCCUUGCUGUAGAACAGAAACUGAAGGACAAAGAGAGAGAGUACCAGCAGGAAUUAUGUCAGCAGCAGAGUCUGGUGCAGAGCAUGGAACAAGAAAGUAGUCAGAUGAAAGCUAAAUUGAGCCAGGAGCUACAGCAGGCCAAAAGGGAUAACUGUGUGCUGCAGUCUGAAAUUGAUAAAGUAACAGCACAGAAGCAGCAGCUAGACAGAGAAAUGGAUAAUAUGAAACAUAAUCUGUACAGGACUGAGCAGUCCCUACAAACAAGUCAAGCAAAAGAAAGUGAUUUGAAGAAAAGCUUAGAAGAGAUGGUGAAAGAAAGAAGCACUCUUAGUUCACAGGGGGACCAUUUUUCCAAGCAGGUACUUGAACUGAAAGAAGAGCUGAAAACAGCCAAGGAGAAUUUAAAAUCGAGCCAGAAUUUAGUGGAAGAGAUGAAAGAUAAAAAUGCUGCUCAGGAGAUGGAAUUAAAAUCUCUGAGGGAUUCACUGGAGAAUGAUGACAAAGCUUUACAUUUAGAGAUUGAAAGGUUGAAGCAGAUUGUGUCUGACCUAGAGAAGAAGCGACAUAGUGCCCAAGAACUUCUUCAAAAGCAGGAACUCGAUCUAGAGCAGAUGCAGAAAGAAAUGCAGGAUUUAAAGAAAACCAUUAAUAUGAAGGAUAAAGAAACAGAGGAAUUAAAGAACCAAAAUCAAUCACUUUCUGAAUGGAAACAUGAAAAUGAAAAGCUUAUAAGUAACUCAGAGGAUGAGAAGGAGAAACUAUACAGCAAAAUCUGUGAAUUAGAGAAUGUUGUUGAAAGAAAUCAGUGUGUGUAUAAGGCAGAGACAGAGAUGAUAAGCACCCUGGAAGAUGAAAAAGAAAAAUUGAAUUUGCAGAUUAACAAUCUCAAAAACGUAUUGGCAAACAAAACUAGAGAGAUGGAGAUUCAGAGCUGUGCUUAUAAAGAAUUGCAAGAAAAAUCUCAGUGUACUGACCUGAAGUAUGGUAAGGAAAUAGAAAAUAUGAUGUUACAGAUUUCUGAGCUUACUUCUCAGAUAACAGAUUUAGAAAGGAACAGACAAGUGGAAAAGAGCGAGUUUGAGAGUGCAAGUGAGCUCUUAAAGGCUAAAGAGUCUGUUAUUGAGCACAAGGAUACAGAAAUUCUUAAUUUACAGAGCAAUCUUUGCACCAUUGAGCAAGAGCUCACUAAAGUUAAAUCUGAAAAUGAAUUUCUAAAAGAACAAGAAAAAUCACUAUUGUUAAAAAUUGACCAAGCUGAAAGAGCUAAAUGCGAUGCAGAGGAAAGCCUGCAUGAGUUGGCUGUUUUAAGAGAACAAGUGCUUUCCCUUGAGUCCUCUUUAAAGAUGCAAAAACACAUGCAUGCUGAACUGGAAAUUGGGUAUGAGCAGCUGCAAAUUGAGAAAACUGAAACUGAAGCAAGCAUUUCUGUGACUGUAAAGAAGCAUGAAGAUGUGAUAGCACACAUGAGUAAGGAAAUAGAUGUUUUAAAAGAAACAGCUGAUAAUUAUCUACAGGAAAGAGAUGCCUUGUUGCAUAAUAUUAGUGAAAAAGAUAAACAAAUUCAGAGUUUUGUAAAGGAAAUUGAGGAAAAACGUGCAGAGCUACUUUCCUUAACACACAACAACAGCUAUCUAGAAACUAAACUGGAAAAACUAAGCCUUCAAUCAGCGCUAAUGGAACAAGAUGAAGAACAUUCUGCAGAAGUUGGUUUAAAUAUGAAAAACACUCUCCAAAGUUUGGAAGAAAGUCAAACUCUUAAUCUUAAUGAAGCACUGAAUUGGGAACUCCCUGAAACAUCAGAGAAACUAGCGGUGUGCUCUGCAAUAGCUGGUGAAGUAGUGACUGUUUCAGCAAAUCAUGAUCAGGGACAUCAGACAUUAAUGAAACGGUGUGCUGAACUUGAGAAUGAACUUGCAGAACUCCGCAAGAAAUAUUGUACACAGGAAGAAAGCAACAUUCAUUUAGCAAUGUUAAAAGAAAGGAGUUCUGAGGUUCUUGAAGUCCACUCACCAUUGGAACAACAACCGGUAUUUACAAACAAUUCUGUGGAGUAUCUGAAUGAAAUUAUAAAACAUGAAGCAGAGACUGAAGAUUCAACACUAGAAGUUGGAAAGAUGCAAUCAGUAUUGAAAGAAAAAUCUUUAGAAAGCAUACUUGGCGAGGAGAUGGAAUCAGACCACCUUCAAUCAGAGGUGGUUUACUCCAGCAUGGAAGUGCACAGUUAUCGAGAGGUGUCUUCUGAACAUGGCUAUCUGAAACAGCAGUCCGCUCCCCAUGUUCUGGAGCAGAUCUUUGCAGAAUCUGAAGCAGUGGAUAAUGACUUUUCUGGAACUAAGAAUGUUGUGUUUAAGACUGAAGAAAGUGAAGAAACACCAUCACUUGUAACAUCAGGAAUUUUAGAGAGCAAUGACUGGUUAAGGGAGAAAGAUGCUGUUAUAAAACUGCUAAGUGACAACCUUAAGAAGAAAGAAAAUGAGCUGGAAGAUGUUAAGGUCCAACUCCAAAUGGCACAGACAGCUUUAAAAGAAAAACAUGAUCAUGCAGAAACAUGCAGCAGCCUGAGAAAGCAAAAAGGCCUUGAUGGACAGGAAUUAGUGUGUGUAGAGUCUAAAACUGUCAGCUCAGAUUUUGAAAUGAUGGAACAUGACCUCCCUCUCAAGACUCCAGAUAAGCAUGACCAAAUGAGUGAUAAAAGUAAUGUAAUUAAGUCUGAGAUUGACAAACUUUUUCAUGAUUUAAAAUCUUGCCAUAUUCACAGUUCUGAUCAGGAGUGGUCCUUAAGCAAAUCACCUUUAAAAUAUGAAGAAUUGACGAAAAUAUCUGAAGCUUUAUACAAAGAAAUGGUUGCUCUAGCUAAUGACCUUAAGGACUCAAAAACUCAGUGCAUCAGUCUUCUUGAUGAAAGAAAAAGAAUGACAGAAGAGCUGCAAAGAUGUGAAACUGAUAUGCAGGUGUUACAAUCGGAAAAGGUCACUCUACACAGCAAAUUACUGAGCCUGAAAGAUGAAAAUAAACACCUCAAAGUGCAAACCCAAGUUGAGGAAAGAAUGACAUGUGAUAGUAUUUCAGGAGAGAUUUCUAGAGACCCCCACUGCUGUUCAGAGUUGCAAAUGUCCAAGAAGGAACUUGGACUGCACGUAGAUGAAUUAAAUGAAAAACUGUCAGCUUUACAAAAGGAACAUGAAGAGUUGCUUGAGCAGUACAAUAUCAAAGUCAAAAAGCUGUCUGAGCUAGAAUGUUUCAGUGAAACAAGGAACAGAGAGGGAAGUGUUUUUAUGACUGAGAUGGUUGAUGGUUCUUCCACUGUUGAAGAGCAUGGAAUGGGUACAUUUAGUACUGCUACUUCAGGUUUAGUUGAUAUUAGUAAGCAAGACACCAAUGAAAUGUUAACUGAUGAUGGUACCAACUCUCCUUCCAGUAAAAUAGGAAUGGCUUCAAAGGCUGUGUUUGGGGAACAAAUGGAGUAUGGUGAGAAACCCUCAAGUCAGGUGAAUUUGAGCAACGCAAACCCUCAAAAUGAAAGCAUAGUGUUAAAUGUGUCUUUGGGAAUGGAACGGUCUGAAUCCCAGGACCAAAAUUCUCAGUUUUUGUGCCAAGGAUAUAUGAUUAAGGAGAGAGAGACAGCACCUGUGCAGGCAGAUGAGGUCAGUUUACUAAGUCAGGAAAAUCAAGAGCAUAUCAUACAGAUAGAAAGUGAAGAAUCAGAGUCAUUUGAAAAAAAACAAAUGGAAUCUACUGUGCCAUUUGAUGAAGUUGUUCAAGCAUUAAUGGAUAAAAAUAAAAAGAUUGAAGAAUUAGAACAGCUGCUGGUGGCAUCAAGAAGUGAAAUGGAUUUUCUUUCAAAAAAACAUGUAGAUGAAAUGGAGGAAUGGCAGCAGAAAAUGAUUAAUCUGACUGCAGAGAUGGAGGCAAAGUUACAAGCUGAGAAACAACAAACUGAAUGCCUGUCAUUAGAGUUGGAAUCUGCAAGACUACAGCUACAAAGUCUUGAUUUGAGUUCUCGUUCACUCCUUUGUACAAGCAUUGAUAAUGGCCAUCUUGAAGCAGUUGACCUUCAGAAAGUGCUUUCCAGUUCUGUCGAAACACCAUCUGAACUAUCUGUUGAUGUGUCUUACCUUCUAAAGGAGCUUAUGCACGAAGAUUCUGGCAUUGAAAAAUUAGGAGAGAUUUCCAGACUGAGUAAUACAGGACACCUAGAGAUUACUAUUACAAGGGAAGAAAGUAAAGAAGCAGCAAAUAAAAUUGUUCAAAAUGUAGGAUGUAUUGAUCAAAGUGUAGGGACUGUAGUGCCCGAUAAGGCAAAAUUACAAUCAGUUGUUGCAAAUGAUCAGCUUCUUGCAGAACAUAAUAUAAAUCAAGACCUGCAUGUUGACAGUAAUGUAAAUUACAGUGAUAAAAUCAUCCUUGGUUUGAAUUCUGGAUUAGAACAGCAGCUAAAACCAUCAUCUGAAUCGAAGUCAUGCGCUGAAUUGGAAGAAACUCUGCUGAAUACUGAAACUGAAACGUCACAUUUAAGUAAUAAACUUAUCCUUGAGAAUAGUGAACUUUCUGAAAAAGUGAAACACCUUCAAAAUCUACUUGAAAUGGUAUCAUUAGAACAAGAGAAAUAUAAGGCUGAGGUAGCUGAUAUGACAAAUGCAUUGCAUCAUCUGGAAGCUGACACAAACCAAUGGAAAGAAAAAUUUCUUGAAAAGGAAAAUGAAUUCAAAAGAACAAAAUCUGAAAAAGAAAACUUGGAGAAACACUUUUUAUCAUUUGAAGCUGACUUUGAAGAGCUUUUUUCAGCUAAAUGUAAUUUGGAAAAUGAAGCGCAAAAUAAUCUAAAAACUAUCUCUGGGUUGCACGAUGAACUAGCUGCAAUUAAGGAGCUAAGAAAUCAGCUCACUGAGGAGCUUUCCACUUUAGUGGAAGACAAACAGGAGUUAGAGCAAUCGCAUCAAAGUCUGAAGGUCAAACUUCAGGAGCUUGAAGUAAAUAAAGAAAAUUACAGUAGUUUCACUGAUGUGCUUGAAGCUGAAGUUAAAAAACAAGCAAAACUUUUAGAGAUCUCAAUGUGUGAUAAAGAAAACUUGUCAAAUGAAAAGGAUAAUUUGCUUAAAGCUCUAAAAAAGCUAGAUGAUGAUGCUGUUCAGAUUACAGCCCAAAAAGAAGAAAUACAGCAACAGUUAAAUCAAUUAAAUGAGGACAAAAUGCUACUUUUAAAAGAUGUGGAUGCUUUACAGUGUAAGUUGACUGCUGCAGAUCUGGAAAAAGCAAAGCUAUCGCAGUUGUUAGAAUCGUCAUUAUUUGAGAAAGGAGAAAUAGCAGCUCAGCUGAAUUCUGCCCAGGAGGAGAUGACUCAACUCCGAAGUGGUAUCGAAAAGUUGAAAGUUCGCAUAGAAGCAGACCAGAAACGAAGCCAUCAUACAAGUGAAAAAUUAAAGGCAAGUGAGAAAAGAGCAGAAUCUCUACAGAAUAAAGUUAAAAGCCUGGAAAAGGAGUUGAAAGCUUCCAAAGAAUGUUUAGAUGGUGUAAUUAAAGCAGAUGAACAAGACAUUUGCCAUGAAGAUGCGUACAGCAAAAUCAAAGCUUUAGAGAUGGAGCUUGAUACUUUAAAACUGGAAAAAGAAUGUUUGCAGAAAGAAUUACAGCAGAAGCAAGAGGAUUUCGCAGGAAUUCAGAUGUCCUUCACUAAUCUCACUUUAGCACUGGAGCAAGCUGAAAUUCAUAAAACUGAAAUGGCUCAAGAGCAUGAGAAUUGUAUGACACGGCUGCAUUUGGAAUUAGAAGAUAUGAACAACAAAUUAAAUAUUUGCAGUGCUGAGCUGAAAGCCUGGGAGUCAAAGGAAGAGGACUGGCUUAGUAAGCUGUCAUGCAUACGAAAUGAGAAACUUCAGUUAUCUGAACAACUUCAGGAUGCUGAAAAAGAAAAUGCUGAACUUCAGGCAACAUUAAAAGCUAGUGAAAGAACAGUAGAUGCCCACCAAGACAAAAUUGAAAAACUUGAAAGGGAACUGCAGCUGUCUCAAGAAAACCUAGAAGGAAUGAUUCUUCAAGCAGAAACUGUCAAGUCACUAGUAGAAGAACGUGCACAAGAAUAUGAAAAUUCUUUUCAAAAGCUGAAUUUAGAAUUAGAAGAUGUUAGUGAAAAAUUAACUAUUUGUAAUGCUGAAUUGACGACUUGGGAGGCAAAGGAGCAGGACUGGCUAAGUAAGUUAACAUGUUUAGAACGAGAGAAGAUUCAGUUGACCCAACAACUUCAGGAGUCUGAAACAGAAAAUGCUGAUUUGCUAGAAAUGUUAAAAACUGAUGCUCAUGGAAGCCAAACUGAAAAGCUUGAAAGAAAACUGCAAUUGUCUGAAAAUAAUCUAGAUGGUAUGAUCCUUCAGGCAGAAACUGCAAAAGUAGUAGACCAGGCAACAGAACAGAGCAAGUUGUCCGAAAAAGUAGCUGCAAUGGAGGCAGAGCUUAAUGCUGUCAGAUUAGAGAAACAAGACACAGAAAAAAAAUUGCAGCAGAAACUAGAGGAAGUAUCGGAAUUACACAUAUUGUGCUCUUGUGUAAGUAAUGACUUCCAAGAGCAUAAAGAAGAAAAGACUGACACGGUAUGCAAAUCUAAAAAUAACAUUGUGCAGGUACAAUUAGAGCUAAAUGAAGCAAAUGAAAAACUUAAAAUGUGUUAUGCUGAUUUGGAAAUGUGGGGAAGAAAAGAGCAGGAUUGGCUAAAUAAAAUAUCUCUUACAGAACAGAAAAAUGUACAGCUAUCUGAGCUGCUUCUGGAGGCUGAACAAAAGAGUGUCGACUUGCAUUCAGCAUUAAGGGUGAGUGAGAGAAAAGUAGAUUCCCUUCAGGACAAAAUUGAAAGACUGGAAAGAGAAGUGCAGAUGUCAGAGGAAAACUUGGAAAUGUUAAUUCUUCAGGCAGAAACUGCCAAAGAAGCAGCAGAAGAGCAGAUAAAUGAGAAUGAAAAGUUAUCUGAGAAACUGAAGUCUGUGCAGAUGGCACUUAAUGCUGCCAAAAUUGAGAGAGAGGAGCUGGUUACUCAGUUGCAGAAGAAACAGGAGGAGCUGGCGGUAAUUCAUAUGCAGCAUUCCCAUCUUGAAAAUGAACUGAAGCAGUCUAAGGAAGUGAAGGCUGAAAUGUUACAAGAAAAUGAAAAUUCACUUCGGCAGUUGCAAUUGGAAUUGGAAGAUGCCAAAGAAAAAUUAAAUGCUUCCUGUGCCGAGCUGGAAUCAUGGGUGAUAAAAGAACAGAACUGGAUUAGUAAAGAAUUGUGCUCAGAAAAUGAAAAGGCCCAGCUCUCCAAGCAGGUUGAAGAACUAGAAGCGCGUAAUGGAGAAUUGCAGCUUACAUUUAAUGUAACCAAAGCACAAGUAGAUAGUCUUCAAAACCAAACAGAAAAUCUGGAGAAGGAAUUGCAGGUGGCCAGAAAAAAAAUAGAAGACAUCAUUCAGACCAAAACCACAGACUCGGAUGUUGAACAGAAUGCACUAAAACGUGAAAACUUGUGUAUGGAUUUAGAGGCGUUGCAGUUGGUGCAUAAUUCUCUUAAACUAGAAAAAGAGGAGUUAAACAAAGAAUUACAACAAAGCCAAAAGGAGAUGCUCGCACUGCAGCUAGAACAUAAUUCUCUCAAGCUAGAAAAAGAGGAACUAAACAAAGAAUUCCAACAAAAGCAAGAAGAGAUGAUAGAAAUGAAACUAUCUUGUUCUCAACUCGCCUGCCAGCUGGAGCAGACAGAAAAGAUAAAUGUUAAACUAGAAGAAUGUGAAAAUUCAUUUAAGAAAUCACAGCUCGAAUUAAGCACGGUUAGUGAAAAACUAAAGAUCUGUAAAGCAGAACUGGAAACGUGGGCAUCAAAAGAGCAAGAAUGGAUUAGUAAAGUGUCUUGUUUAGAAAAAGACAAGGAAGAACUCGCUCAACAACUGCAAGAAUUGAAAGGAAAAAAUACAGAACUGCAGUCAUCAUUAAGGAUGACUGAAGGACAAGUGCAGUCUCUCCAAGAUCAGAUUAAACUCCUUGAAGAGGCGUUGCAGCUGUCCAAGGAAAAUUUAGAAGGAAUGUGUCUUAAAGCAAGUACUCUUCAAUCAGAGGCAGACCAGCAAGCAAAGAAACACGAAAUGAUUUCUCUGGACUUUGAGACUUUGACAAUGGAACACAGUGCUCUUAAGCUUGAGAAAGAAGAUUUAUGCAAAGAGUUGCAACAGAAAAAAGAAGAGAUGAAAGAAAUCCAAGCGUCCUGUUCUCAUCUUGCUAGCGAACUUGAACAAAAUGAGAUCGUAAAGACUAAAAUGCUGCAAGAAUUAGAAAACAGUUUUAAGCAGACACAGUUAGAAUUAAAAGAUGCUAAUGAAAAGCAAAAGAUUUGCGAUGCCGAGUUAGACUCUUGGGGGACAAAGCAGCAAGAGUGGAUUGCUGAAUUAUCAUGCAUAGAAAAGGAAAAAACAGAGUUAUCAGAACAGCUUCGAGAUUCUGAAAGAAAGAAUGCUGAACUGCAGUCUUCAUUGAACUUGAGUGAAAAACAGGUAGAGUGCCUGCAAGAGGAAACUGAAAAAGUAAAGAAUGAGUUGCAGCUCUCCAAAGAACACCUAGAAGAAAUGGUUCUCAAGAUAAAAACUGUCCAGUCAGAUGCAGAGCAGCUGGCAACUGAGCAAGAGAAGUUGUUAAAGGAAAUUGAAGCUUUGCAGACUGAUUGUGAAGGAUUCGUGUUAAAGAAAAAAGACCUAGAAACUUUGUUGCACCAAAAGCAGGAGGAAAUAGCUGAACUAAAGAUGUCAUGUUCCCGUCUUACCAACGAAUUGGAACAAAUUGUAAAGGCAAAAAACGAAGAGUCACAACAAUUUGAAAAUUCUUCUAAGCAACUGCAGCAUGAAUUAAAAGACAUCGGUGAAAAAUUAAAUGUUUGCAACACUGAAUUAGAAUCAUGGAAAACAAAAGAACGGGACUGGCUUAGUAAAACUGUAUGCUUAGAAAACGAAAAUGCAAAGUUAUCUCAACAACUUCGAGAAUCUGAACAAAGCCAUGCUGAACUACAGUUAUCACUGAAGUUGACUGAGGAGAAGAUGACUUCUCUGGAGGAUGAAACUGAAAGACUGAAAAAGCAGUUGCAGCUAUCCAAAGAACGUCAGGAAGAAAUGGUUUUAAACACUAAAACCGUUCAGUCAGAAGCAGAACAGCAGCAUGAAAGGUUGUCAAAGGAAAUUGAAACUUUGCAAAUGGGUUUUAGCGUUCUCAAGUUAGAAAAGGAAGGGCUAGAUAAACAGCUGAAUCAGAAGCAAGAAGAAAUAGCAGAAAUUAAGAAGUCAUCUUCACAAGUUGUUGAUGAACUGCAGCAAAGUGUAAAGGAGAAGAACAAAUUAGUACAGGAAUCUGAAAAUUCUUGUAAGCAGCUACAGCUAGAAUUAAAAGACAUCAAUGACAAAUUAAACAUUUGCAGAACCGAGCUAGAAACCUGGAAGAUGAAGGAGCAGGACUGGCUUAAUAAAACUACGUGCUUAGAGAAGGAAAAAGCAGAACUGUCCGAGCAGCUUCAAGAGUCAGAAACAAGGAAUGCUGAACUGCAGUCAGCAAAAGUGAACCUUCUUCAUGAAGUUCAGAUAAGUAAAGAGCAAUUACUUCAAGAAAAGAAAAAGACGGAAGUUCAAAUUACUGAGGAAAAGCAAUUGAAAGAACUGAUUCUGCAGGAGCUGUCUUCCCUGAAAGAGGAAAGAGAUUGCUGGGAGAAGGAGAAAGGCAGCAUGCAGUUAGUGCAUGCUGAGAAAGAUCAGCAGACACUAGCACUAACACAGAAUAAUGCUACUCUGCAGGCCACCAUUACAGGCCUUGAAAAUUCUUUGAAAGACUUAGAGGAACAGCUGGAAAUGGCAAAAUCACAAACUUCUGCUCUUGAGGCAAAGCAUGAAGCUGAGCUUCAGGAAUAUCAGAAGAAAGUGGCUUCACUAGAACAAAGGAUUACUGAUCAGACCAUAGAAAUCAGUGACUUGAAAUCUUGCAAAGAGCAGUUAAACAGCUGCUACAAAGAAGCAGAAAAAGUGGAAGAACUAAACAAAGCAAAGGUAGAGAAUUUAAAAUCAACAAUAUCGCGAUUAAAGAAGGAGAGGGAUUCUGCACAGGGAAAGCUACAGUUAUGGAUGAAAUCCUGUAAACAGUUGGAGAAGGAUAAUGAGUCUCUUCAGAAGCAAGUAGAAGAACAAGAGGAGCAACUGUCUCAACUGCAAAAGAAACCAAGUGAGAAUGAUAAUACAGAAGAACUGCAAUCAGAACUGGAAGAAAUGAAAGAGGCUGUGGAAGAAAAGAGCAAAGAAGCUGAUGAAAACAUGGAAAAGUACUGUAAUCUGAUUGUAAACUACCACAAAUUAGAGGAAACACAUGAAAUGUUAAAAACUAGAGUUGCUUUACUAAGCAGUCAGCUUAAGAAAUCAGAGCCACUUGGGUGUAGCACUAAUGCGAAAAGUUCAAGCACCUCCGCAAGCCCAUCUAAAAGGUUUUCAGACAACAGGAGGAGAUCACCCAGAGAUCACGGAAGUGGUGCUUUUAAAAGGCAAAGAGGAGAUGAGUCUGCAGAAGACGAAAAUAUAGAAAAUCAGCCAGGAUCUGACAACAGUGUGCCUAAGAGAGUCAGAAUUGGAAGUGGCAGUGACAGGAUUCUAACCUCGGCCGUUCGUGGUACCAAUGAAUAUGAGCCACAGGACCUUGCAAAGGAUCUGAAGAAAGGAUUUGCAGAUAUACCGUCAGGCAUCUCUAGUCCCCAUAUACUACUCAGGGCAUCUAUGAAUACACGGAAGAGCCCUCGUCUUGCUACACAGCAUACAUCACCAACGUUUCAACCUCCAAGUAAUACAUUUGUGGAAAGCUCCAAACAAGCAGCUCGUGACAGAAAAUCCCAGAAGGUAAAUGACCUUCGUCUUCAAUCACUGGGCUCAUCGUCUACUGCAUCUUCCAUAGUAGAGUCUCCUUUGUUUUUUGCAAAUAACAGAAAUAAGAAGGUUAGUUUUGAAACUCCUGACGCUAGCAGUGAAAUGUUGAAAGGAAGACCUUUGUCAAGCAAAAAUCCUCUCCGCAGCUGAAGAUAACAAAAACAACUGGCAGUAACAAAGCUCUUAAAAAUAAGAUAGAAAUACAUUGACUAGAUUGCUGUUGUGAUGCACUUUCUGAUCAUAUGCAUUCAUCGAAGAGUACUGCAGAUGAGCAAAUACUACAAUAGAGUUCAGCUGAAUAUGUUUAUCAUUAUUAUACUUGUAUAUGGAUGUAUAUAUUUGUAUGUUGUGACUAACCUGAGCAGGUUUUUAAAUUUUGUUCUAAAAUUUUAUUCUGUUAUGUGGUUGAAGUACUAUUUACAAAGGCAAUUGUAAAAAAUAUUAUACACUGAUAGCAAGGUUUUGUCAGUCAUCUUGUAGAAAGUAGUUUAGACAAAAUGUAUAUAGGUAUUUUAAAAUUAUUUUAAUUUCACUGUUUACUGUACAUAGUUGAUAUGGUGAAUUAAACUUUGCCCUUAAAAAGUU